UUAUUCUGUAAGGCAUUUGCUGCGUCGCUCCCCUUCCGACACACAAGCGGAAAAGCAGAAAUGGGAGUGGUUUCCACCCGGACGAACUUUCUGGUCGCACGCCGGCAAACGUAAAAACGCAAUCUAAACAUGCUGUUUCGAUUUCUUUGAGUAAUUUUAAGAACUUUAAAUGAAAAUGUCGGAACAAACAGAAGCGUCCGAGAAACUUCACAGUGGAAACUGGAUGCUGGACCAUCCUGUGUAUAAACAGAUGAAAGACAUGGAGGUUGCGGACAGCGCGCAGUUACACGCAGCUUUUCUGGUGUACAUGGACCUCUCUGAGGUGCGUCGGUGGAAGGAGGUGUCCUGUCUCAAGAGUCCUGAACUCCAGGUAGUUCUGCUGGAGGCCAGGGAGAAGGAGGAGACACCUGCUCACACUGUACUCCCCCUUCCGCUUCACGAGCAGCUGAGCCACAGCAGCAUACGCCUCCUGCUGGACAGGGGCUUUCCUCUUCUGCUGUGCGCCGUGGCGUCCGACUCCACCUUGGUCUAUCAGAGGCUGACGGACGGGCUGGUGACCCCCGAACCGCCGGCCGGCCCCUUCCAGGAUGUGGAUCACCGGCAGCGGCGGAAGAGGCGGAGGCAGCGCUGGCCGGGGAGGAGGACGGCGAAAAAAAGGGGGGGGGGGGGGGGGGGGGGGGGGGGGGCUCCGCGCACAGUUGGCCGACCCCGCCUGAAUGUAAUAUGCAUCUGCCUUCUCCCUCGGAGUCUGAGUCAUCAGGCAACAGCAGAUGGCUAUUCACACACUAAAUAUGAGGAUAGGCUCGAGGAGGUCAAGCAUCCAGACAUACACAAGAAAAAUGAGGAAAAACAUGGAGAAAUUGAUUUAUUUCUUUUUCUGUUUGCAAAUGUGUUGCUUUUCUUUUUUUUUUUUGUUAAACCUUUACGUCAGCCUUAUUUAAAAACUCUUAAAUCUGCCUUGUUUGAGAGAAAAAGAAUACUUUUGAGUGUUUAUUCUACUACUGUAUUUAUUUUUAAUACUAAAUGUAAAACAAAGAAACUAUGCUCACUUUACUGUGGUUAUUAUGGAGUAUUCCAGAAUGAAAUUCCUAAAUAUAUCUUUUGUUUUGCUGUAUAUUGCAUUUGAAAGACAGCCAGAAAUGCUUUGUUAUAAAAAGAUUUUUGGAGGUUCAACCACUGAGGUUAUCCGAUUAAAAUCUUUCAACCAGGUAUUUGAAAAUGAAGCCUUCUUUUGAGAAUGGAACAAACUAUAACGAUAUAUUAACUAUAGAUUCCAAAUAAAUGAGUAACGUUAAACAGGUGUGCAGUGAUCUGGCUUCUGUUGAGAAGUGGCAUUUGUUUCCUGCUUGUACUACGUUUGACUCUACUCCUAAAUUGCAAUAUAGAAUAACAAAAGUGUUAAAAGAUUCUUUCU